GAAAUAAAUGCCAUAUGCAACUUACUAUUAUGAACCUUACUUACAGGGUACACUUCCCCUUUAAGAGCAGGGAACAGAGGUGACUUCACCUUAGGACUGUGACAGUUGGUUCAGUCCGUUGGUUGACACCGUAGUGAUUGGUAAGUGGAUAUUCCCUCUGGGAGAUAUUUUUUGUCAAAUAAUGCUUAUUUUAAUGAAAAAAGAGGGGAAAUAGUUGGGUAACACUCCCCAGACUAACAGAUAUUUAUCCUCUCACUGAUUUUAGUGAAUUUAGAGACUUUUCCCCUAAAAUGGGCUUUGGAGAUGACUUUAAUCUUAGCACUGGUUGGGAGACACAGACUCAGGAUUUGGAAGUUAUGCAGGGCUGACAGCAAAUAUACACCUUUUCUACAGUAACCCCAUAAGGAGGAAUAAAUAGCAAUGCUUCUUCCUUUUACACAAUAACAUUUAUUUAUAAGUCUCAUGAUUUAAGAGCAGAGAUGAGAGGUGACUUUACACCCAGGGAUUUGAUAUUUGGUUUGGUCCGUUGGUUGAGUGGUGAGAGGUAAAUGUGAGAGAUUUUUGUGACAAAUAACCCAUAAUUUAGUCAAAUAAAGGGGGGAAAUAGUUGCGUGAUGCCCCCAGACUAGCGGAUGUUGUUCCUCUUACUGAUUUUAGAGAAUUUUCCCCCUAAAAUGGGCAUUGGAGAUGCUUUUACUCUUAGUGCUGGUUGGGAGACACAGACCCAGGGUUUGACAGUUGGUUUAGUCCGUUGGUUGGUAAACUGGUGAAUGUACUAUCCCUAUAAGAGAUUUAGGGGCUUACAGCAAAUAUACACUUUUUCCCAAUUGAAGCAGAUAAACAGAUAACAUUUGGGGACCCCUGUGCCAGACUAACAGAUAUUGAUUAUGUUACUGAUGUUAUUAAAUUUCCCCCUCAAAUGGACAAUGCCUUUACUUUUAGUGCUGGCUGGGAAAUGCAGACCCAGGGUUUGACAGUUGGUUUAGUCCGUUGGUUGGUAGAGUGGUGAAUGUACUAUCCCUAUAAGAGAUUUUUUUGCCAAAUAAUCCUUAUUUUAGUGAAAAGGGGGGUGAUAAAUGUUCCCAAGACUAGCGGAUGAUGCUCCUCUCAUUGAUUUCAGAGAUUUUGGAGAGUUUACCCCUAAAAUGGGCUUUGGAUAUGCUUUUACUCUUAGAGCUGGUUGGGAGACACAGACCCAGGGUUUGACAGUUGGUUUAGUCCAUUGGUUGGUAGAGUGGUGAGGGGCUGACAGCAAAUAUACACUUUUUCCCAAUUGAAGCCCAUAAACAGAUGACAUUUGGGGACCCCUGUACCUCACUAUAAAUACUUUAUUUGUAUGACCAGUAUUAACAGGCUCCUUACAGUUUUGCCCCUCUGCCCCUGGGUAUCUAACCUGUUCUGAUAUACCAACCUUAACAUGAAUUUAAUGGAAUACAUAGCAAUGUCUUUUCCUUUCAUGUCUCAUGUGCAUUCCCUUCAAAUGUCCCGGCUGUGGGGGGCAACAGGGUACAUGGUAGGGCAGUAUUGAUUCCAAUCAGAUUUAAUUGCUAUUCUGUAAAUGUUUCCUAUAGCAGGGGGUGGGCAAUCUGCACCUGGCCAGUGAUCUUAUGUACUAUGUAUUCAUACUCUCUAUACCAAUGCUCAUUUCUGAUUGGCUGCUGGGAGGUACUGCAUUGUACAAACUGAGUGCCAGUAAACGCUGGGAGUGACACAAAGCUCACGUUUAGAUCUCUGCUUUCCUCUAUAUUUUAUAGGAAAUAUUAAGUUAAGUGUUAAAAGCAUUAUCCUUGAAACUAAUUUGUCAAUUUAUUCUCUUCCCUAUACAGAUUGCUACAGUGGACGGAUUGCUACUUUUUUGGCAAAUUACCAGCUCUUUUUGGACUGUGUUUUUUCCUGGCUUCUCCUUAGUUCAGAUUUUAACAUUCUUUUCUGAACACAUAUAAGGAGAGCCAGCGUCUAAAGAGGGAGACCCUCUGGGGUCCCCCGGCCUUGUGCCGGCCCCUCUAUUUAAGCCAAAAGCCAAAAACACCUCAGGCGUUUUGGUAUUUUUUUUUUGCUUUUUAUUUUUGAAGAUCUGACAUCUGAGCUUCUUUUAAGAGGAGUACAGGAUGGGUGUCCGGAAUUCCUGCAUUCGUGCUACCAAUCCGGACAAUCAUGAGGUUUUGUCUCCAAAACUUUGUGAUAUGCAGCCAAGGUUACAUCUAUUGGCCAAUAAAGAGCAGGUAAUGGGAGAAAUAAAGAAGGAGAUGCGCAUUGCAGCGGGCGCUGAAAAGCUCUACAGAGUGACCUCAGACAAGGAGACCUUAGUCCGUCUGAGGAAGUUUAUGAAGGAGUCGGGGAAAAAGCUGAAAAUUCUUUAUGCCACCCUUCAAAACCUGAAUGUGGCAAUUGCACAGAAGGACCCUGAGAUUCACCCAGGUUCUCCCCAUGACCCACCAACAAAUGCCCCAGAGGAUUCCUGUGUUAGGGAUGAGUCACCAGCAGUUGCCUUGACACCGGAAGAACCAACCACCACAAGUGAGAGGGACACCACGGCACAAGAUCCAGCACCAGCACUGCCACUGGCUGUCACUGAGGGCAGUGAGAUGUCUGCGGAUGAAGUGAACAUCGGCUCAACUCAUCCAGAAAACACAGCAGAAGACUUUCCACCGGCUGUGACGACGGAACCAGAAGUUUUGCAUUUGACCAACUGCACUCUGCAAGACUUCACCCAACGAGGUUUCCUAGGCGAGGGCGGAUUUGGGAAGGUUCUCCAUGUGCAACACACGGCAUCAAAAAGAUCGUAUGCCCUGAAGAUCCUAAAAAAACAGAAGAUCACCACCUUAAGGGAUGUUGAAAGGAUUUUGGUCGAGAAACGGGUCGCUCUCACAGCAGCUGUCCACCCCUUCACCGUGGAUCUACAUGCCACCUUCCAGUCAGACCACCAUCUCUUCUUCCUCAUGGAGUAUGUCGCUGGAGGCUGCUUAAGGACUCUCCUGGAGAGGGAACGUAAAUUUGGACAACGGAGGACUACGUUCUAUGCUGCGUGCACAGUGCUGGCCAUCUCCUAUUUGCACGAAAAUGGUAUCAUACACCGAGAUCUCAAGCCGGAAAACCUGCUCUUAGACAGCAACGGGUACAUCAAACUGGCUGAUUUCGGACUAUGCAAAGACGGAAUUGGCUAUGGGGACAGAACACGCAGCCUGACUGGAACCUAUGACUACAUGGCUCCCGAAGUCCUCUCCAGGCUGCCGUAUUCAAGAUCUGCAGAUUGGUGGUCUCUGGGCAUCGUGAUCUUCGAGAUGCUAGUCGGGGACCUACCAUGGAUGAGACCAUCUAUUGGCGUCGUCUGCCCAAAGUUCCUGGCUGAGGAUGCAGCUAUUUUAAUAUCAGGGCUUUUACAGUUGGACCCAUGGAUGCGGCUGGGCUCCAGCGAGGAAGAUGCAGGUGAACUAAUGUUUCAUCAUUUCUUUCGAGGCAUUGACUGGCUGGCUUUGGUACAGAGAAAAUUGCAGCCCCCAUUCAUACCGGAGGAUGUUGGACUUUCCGACGAUGGACCCUGUUAUGAACAUCUACUUCUAACACCUCCCUCCGAGGGUUCCUUGGCAAUAAGAAAAGAGAUCGCCGAUGCCUUUGGGAGCUUCGAUUAUUCCGCAAUAUAGAGCUGCGUGAUCAUCCUGCAACGCAAAAAUCAUUGCCAUCACCCGCGUUGACAGAAGAUUGGGGACACAUGAAAAACGGCACAUCAGGUCAUCUUGCUUUCUGUUUCUCUUCCAUCCAGAGCAAUUAGCGGUACCCCUCCUCCUUCCACCAUAGCUCCACCAGCGGUGCCCCAUCUCCUUCUACCGUAGCUCCACCGGUGGUGCCCUCCCUUCCUACUAAAAUAUAGCAUCAUAAACAGGAGCGCACUUAAGCCACUCGGUAAACCCUGCAUUCCUUUUCACUCCAUCCCCCAAGUGUGCAGAAGCCGGGUCUGCAGGCUGCUGGGGCUCCAAUGGAAUGAAACGGAAUGCAGCAUUCACCGAGCUGCUUAACGGUGCUCAUGUUUAAGCUGCCAUAUUGCUUACCGUAAUUCCACCUGCGGUGCCUCCCUUUCCACCUAAAAUAUGGUUUCAUGGGCAGAUGCACCUAAGCCACUCGGUAGUCCCUGCAUUCCAUUUCACUCAAUCCCUCAGUGUGCAGAAGCCGGGUCUGCAAGCUGUCUGGGCUGCCAGUUCUCCAAUGGAAUGGAAUGGAAUGCAGCAUUCACCUAGCAGCUUAAUGGCGCUCAUGCGUAUGCUGCCAUAUUGCUUUCUUUUUCUUUUCCUUCAUUCCAAUUCCACCAGCAGUUGUCCCUCUUAUAUAGUAUCAUAAACUGGAGCACCAUUUAGCCACUCGGUAAACUCUGCAUUCCUUUCAACUCCAUCCCUCAGUGUGCAAAUGCCGGGGUGUGCAGGCUGCCUGGGUUCAAUGGAAUGGAUUGGAAUGCAGCAUUCAUCUAGCUGCUAAACGGUGCUCAUGUUUACGUAGCCUUAUUGCUUUUUGUUUCCCUUCCUGCCACUGUAAUUCCACCAGCAGUCCCUCCCUUCCCAUCUUAAAUAUGGUUUCAUAGACAGAAGCCCCCUUAAGCCACAUGGUAGACCCUUCAUUUCUUUUCUCUCCAUCCCUCAGACUGCAAAAGCCGGGUCUGCAGGCUGCAAGGGACCAAAGAAAUGGAAUGCAGAGUUCACCUAGCAGCCUAAAGGCGCUCAUGUGUAUGCUGCCAUAUUACCAUCUGUUUCCCUUACCCUCUUUCUCUUGAUUAAAUAUGGCAAAUUGAUCCUGGGAGAAAAUCCGAUUGCCGUUAAGGAGUCAGGAAGGAAUUUUUCCCUCACAAAGGGUUUUUGCCUUCCUCUGGAUCAAAUAGCCCUAUUUAUCCUAUAAUAAUUAUUAAUAAAGCUGUGCGUUUCACAGAUUUAACCAUCA